UCACGUGCUUACGAUUAAAUAUUGGUCUUGGUAGAUAUGUCUGAAGAUCCAACGGACACUGACAAGUGUGUGAAGCAAGAGAGAAAGUCUCCCUAUGCAUGUGAUGUCGAGAAUGGAAAGGGAAUUCGAAGUUGUCCUGAUCUAGUUGAAGGAGAUGCUUUGAUGUCUCUGUCCCAAAAUGACCUCAUUGCUCAGUGCCAUCUAAGAGACGCGCAAAUUUUGGAGGCAAAGAAGUGUGAAGAGGAAACGGGCAGACAAGUAGAGGCAAUGGAGAAGAAAUGUAGUGAAGAAAAAGAGAAACGAUUGGCAACAGUAGAGAAAUGUAGUGAAGCAGAAUUGAAGGUAUCUGUAUUAACAGAGGAGAACCAAACGCUAAAAUCACGUCUGGAAUCUGAAACAUCAAUACCAACUGAGGGCCCAGGAUCGAUAUCAAAUCUCCCAGAAAGUGGAAACUCUUCAAAUGAGGAUGCACUUGCAAGAAAUAGUUUAGAAACAGACAGUGGAUAUAAUGGCUCUGAAUUACAGACAAUGGAUCUUGCUUCGGUAAGAGACAAGCAAAAAGACGAUGGAGCAGAGGCAGACCAGAUUGAGGCGUAUUUCACCAACAAAUUGAGCCAGAAAAGAUCAUGAACUGAAGUGAGAGUAGGUCGAAAUCUGAACUGACAACAGAGGAAUUGAUGUACUGUUUUUGAUUACUUCUUGAUUUACUUCCUUACUAUAUUUUAAUGACAUGGUUUUUAGCAGUUGUGUUUAGGCAUGCAGUUGUGUGUGUGUGUGUGUGUGUGUGUGUGUGUGUGUGUGUGUGUGUGUGUGUGUGUGUGUGUGUGUGUGUGUGUGUGUGUGUGUGUGUGUGUGUGUGCAUGACAGGUCAUGAUUGCACUUAAUUAAUUACUUAUGGGACAAUUAAUAAUGCCAUUCUUACCAAGUAUAUUAUUACAUUCUGAACAUGUUUUGACUUCAUUGUAGCAAAUCUAAUUGUGUAUCUGUUGCUGCUGUUGUCACUGCUACCACUGCUGCUCGAAACAGUUUGAAAGGCAGAGUCAUAGAAGGAAGAGUGCUGUGCCACACUUUGCUGUGCUACACUGUCCUGUACGUGCUACACUGUGCUGUGCUACACUGUCACACUACACUGUCCUGUGCUGUGCUACACUGUCACACUACGCUGUCCUGUGCUACACUGUGCUGUGCUACUGUCCUGUGCUACACUGUGCUGUGCUACUGUCCUGUGCUGUUUAGGUGAAUGGCACAUGUAGAAAGCCAGACUUAAUGGUGUUGCGGUUGUGUUGUUCUAGAGAUCAGGAGAGUGCAUGGUUAAAUGCAAUGACAUAUUGACAAUUAGGCAUGAGCACACUGAUUGAUAUUGGCUGUCUGUAGUUGCUCGUUGCUGUAUCUAGUUGCGUACGUAUUGACGGCUGUGUCAUGUAGUCUUGUAGUUUACCAACACGUGGUUCUAUUA